AACCGUCCAUUUUUUUUCUUUCUUUCUUUCUUACUUUUUCUUUCUAACUAUGGUUGUUUAUGGAGGAGACGAAGUGAAUGCACUUGUGCUUGAUAUUGGAACAAGUAUGACGCGUGCAGGUUAUGCAGGCGAAGACACACCUCGCGUCAUGUUUCCUACCAGUGUAGGCUAUAUAGACCCUGUUCAGGAAACAGACGGUGAUACAGUCAUGGCUGGACACAAGAGACAAUAUUAUAUUGGUGAUAACAAAGUCAAUAUGUUUAAAAGUCAAAUGGAAAUCAAGCAUCCACUUCAAGAUGGUUUAGUCGAGGACUGGGAUGCUUAUGAAGCCAUUUGGCAUGCAACAUUUGACGAUAUGCUUCGUAUUCGACCUGAAGAACACCCUUUGUUAUGUACAGAACCUGCAUGGAAUACAAAAGAAAAUCGUGAAAAAAUGAUUCAACUCGCUCUUGAAAAGUUUGAUUUUCCUGCUUUUUAUCUUGCACCUGAUGCUGUCAUGACAGCAUUUUCUGUUGGAAGAGCCACAGCCCUUGUGCUUGAUUCAGGUGCAGGUGUGACAAGUGCAGUACCUGUUUAUGAUGGAUUUGUGCUAAAAAAGGGUAUUUUACAUCAAUCCUUUGCUGGUAAUAUGCUAGCAGAAAAGAUCAAAGAACAACUCAAGACAGAUUUGGACUAUACAAUCACACCUCGUUAUAAGAUUGCGAAAAAGACACCUGUUGAAUUAGACCAACCACCUCAAAUAGAAUUACGUGCUUGUGAAGGAUUAAGAGACAGUUUUGAUGCUUAUCAGACAACACGAGUGAUCAAUGAAUACAAAGAAACAGUAUGUCAAGUUUCUGAUGUUACAUUUGAUGAAGGUCUAUUAUCAUCAAGGCCAAAAAAGUUAUUUGAAUUCCCUGAUGGAUAUCAACAUCAAUUUGGACUAGAAAGAUACAAAGUACCUGAACUUCUUUUCCAGCCUCAUAUGAAUGAUACUAAAUUAACAGAACAAGAAGAAGAAGAACAAGAAGAAGAAGAAGAAGAAGAAGAAGAAAAAGAAAAGAAAUCAAAGAGCCAAUUAGGGGUUCAUGAACUUGUUUAUAAUAGUAUUAAUAGUUGUGAUAUUGAUCUUCGUCCACUCUUGUUCAAUAAUAUUGUGGUUACUGGUGGCAAUACACUUCUUGAUGGAUUUAAUGAAAGACUUCAUUAUGAACUACCCUUAAAAGCACCCGGCAGUAAAAUCAAGAUUCAUGCUGCUGGUAAUGCCACUGAGCGUAAAAGCAGUAGUUGGUUAGGUGGUUCUAUUUUGGCUUCUUUAGGUACAUUUCAUCAAUUAUGGAUUUCACGACAUGAAUAUCAAGAAUAUGGUGCUUCUGUCAUUCAUAGAAAAUGUUAAUAAAUCAGUUUAUUUACAC